UUACUCAAGUCAGUCCACACCUUAAAAGCUCUCCAACAAAUUCAAACACAGACAAUAACUGGUGCAUUUACAAGCUCCAGUCAUGUUUCCUUCACACAACGGCGACAACCCUUUUGAGUCCUUGUUCAAAACUCCAUCAAAUUCCUGUACUGAUCAAAACCCUAACCCCAAACAAGAUGACCCUUCAUUUCUCUUCAAUUUCCCUUCUCCAUUUUUUGACGAAGACGAACUGCCCUUGAACAAGAUACUGCUUCAAAGUCAGCUCAUGAUGGCUGAUAAAAACACCCAUCCUACAAAGAAAGAACCAACAAAAUUCAGUAUUGGGACCUCAAAGCUGGACGAAAAAGAAGCCGAGAAGCAGAUACCUAGUGGGAUGGUCGCACCAUCGAGGAGACGAAAUCUUGGUGCUAUACCACGAAGAAGAACUGGGAAGAAGGAUAGGCACAGCAAGAUUUGUACGGCUCAGGGAAUUAGAGACCGGCGAAUGAGAUUGUCACUGCAAGUGGCUCGCAAAUUCUUCGAUCUUCAAGACUUGUUGGGCUACGACAAAGCUAGCAAAACCAUAGAGUGGCUCUUCACUAAGUCGAAGAAGGCGAUCAAAGAGCUUGCCAAAGACCAUCCACACGCAAAUUUCAACUUUUCGACCAGUGAUGCGAAGAGCGAGUCUUUUCUUUCUGAGUGUGAAGUGGUUUCAGGAAUUGAGGAGAACUAUUCAAAUGAGGUGAAGGAUAGUAAUAUUGCACUACCAGAUGAGAGUGUAGUGCCACUAUGCAUUAGUCGGGACGACGACGAGAGAAAGCCGCAUAUGCCGGCGUGUAAACCUAACGCGAGGGAGUCGAGGGAGAAGGCAAGAGCAAGGGCAAGGUGUAGAACACGAGAGAAAAUGAUGGUCAAACGCCUCAAGUUUCAAGAAUCAAAUUCCCAGAACAAAGAAGUUAGGGUUUCUCCAUAUGAAGCUCAUCAUAUUGAUUUAUGUAACUCACUUGAACAGCAAUUAUCUGAUGUGGGCGCAAUCGAGAAGUUUCUAGCGAGUUCAAGCUCUUCAAUGUCCUGCCCUAUGAUCUGUGAUUAUCAGGCUUCAGCUGGCUACACAGAUCCCAAUAGUAAUUUCAUUGGAUUUUCUGGAAAUUGGGACGUGUUGAAUUACAAUGAAAGAACAAGCUCCCUUCAUUAUGCAGUCACAAAUCAAGUUUCACUUGCAGGUAACCCUAACUCAAUUUACUCAUCAGGAACUGAUUAUUACUAGCUAGGGAUGGAUCGAGAUUGCCCUGUAAAAGUGCACUGUGUCUUAGGUCUGUGUAAAUUGUUAAGGAACUAAUUUGAAUCAUUUUCCAUGUUUGAUUUGGUGUAUCAACAGAUCUAUGUAGGUAAAUAAUUAUGAUCCAAUUGUACUCUUAAUUAUUAAGAGACAAUAAG